UCUACUCGCUGAAAACAAAACAACUUAAUCCUAAAUUUAUCUAAUUUAUCUACAUUUUUUUGGACUUUUUACCAGCAGAGAUGGAAAGCGACUGUACGGAUUAACUUUUCCCUUUAACGUAACAUUAUUUGAGUUUAAAUACGAGGCUGUCUUUUGGAUAUUUUAAAUGGUUUCGCUUGCCAUGUGGGAGUAGACGUUUUCCCGUGAGCUGCCAUGCUAGCCACACAGAUGCCAGAUACGCCACAAGAGGCUAAAGAUGUCAAACAGAUCAAAGACAAGUUAGCUCAGUCACUCAAGGCCCUGCAGAAGCGCUACGUGACGUCGGACGCCGUGGUAACCAGCGAAGAUGGAGACGCUAACCUCCUCUGCUCCGCCCUGGAGGCCAUCUUCAUCCACGGGAUCAAGAGCAAGUUCAUCCGCACUGAGGCCGGGGGUCGGAGCAGGAAAGGAGACAGAGGACCCCUUCCUCAGCCGUUCUUCUGGAACCUCCUCAAGACCGUCACCCACCGCGAUGUGAUCACAGAGCUGGAGAAGAUCAGCUUCGUGGGUACGGACGUGGGUCGCUGCCGUGCGUGGCUCCGCCUGGCCCUCAACCACGGCCUGCUGGAGUGCUACCUGGUCUCCUUGUUUCGGGAGAACUCCAAGCUACGAGCUCAUUAUCAGCCGGACGCCUUGCUCCUGAACGCAGAGGAACGAGAGGUUCUGCUCAGCUACCUCCAGGGUCUCGCCUCGCUCACCUUCAGCCUUUCUUACAAGUCCGCCGUCCUCAACGAGUGGACCAACACGCCUCUGGCCCUCGCCGGACUCUGCCCCUUGUAUCAGGCAGAUGUGCUCGACUUGCCCCUCAAUGGCGGAGGAGACCACCCCCCCUCUAAAUCCACAUACAAAGAAUCAUGGGAUACAGUAUCUCAGUCGUCGAGCUCAUCGGACGCUCAGGAUAUGCAGAGAGUGUGUACGGUGCUGACGGCGAGGGAUUCAAGUGCGUUACAAGGGGGUCGGACUGCACUCAACUCCUCUAACUUGAGUCUGGACACUACAGGCUCAUCUCAGCUCUCCUCCAGUUUGAGCUCCGACAGCCUCCUGCAGGGGCAAGACCCUCGCAGCCCGACGGGGGAGCAGUGGUCGUCAUGUGACCUGGACAUGCACCUGAAUAACAGCACCAAGAGGGCACAGAAAGAUUCGCUGACUGACUAUCGGGAGAGCGGUCACUGCAGUCAGGACUCCAUGCGUGAGGACUCCUUCGUCUCCAGCACGGGUCCCGAUCAGUUAUCUGAGACGGCCGUUUUCAUCGGCUCCGACAGCGAGGCCCAGACGCCAUCGCAAGAAUUCUCAGAGCCGCCACGAGAACCUGAGCCGCUUUCUGAUCCGGAGCCACCGCCAACAUCAACAUCCGCCUUUCCACCGCUCCACCACGAGAACCAUAUUAACCAGUCGCCCUCUGAAGACUGCAAUAACGCCUUGUCGGAGAUUGAUGCACAGUCGGAGCUUGUGGAGCCUGCAGAGAGAGUACAAACGACACGUACAGAGGAGAGUAGUGAGCUCAUUCAGGAGGAGAAGGAAGCAGAGAGCUUGGAGAAGACUUCAGUACGCCCGGUCACACUUCGCUCCACCAGCGUGCUGAGCAGGAAACUGUCCUCAGAUUCACUAUCACACCACCAUUCCUGGAUCUCGGAGGACGACAUCUACAAACCACGUCUGGAUGAGGUUUCCGACCAGGAAGAGUUUCUUCCCUCCGCUCCCACACCUGAGCCCAAAGUCUCCCAGUCACCUCCCAGCGUCGUCCAUCGCAGACAGACAGGGCAGUUCAACCCGUUCCGAGGCUUGCUGAAGCUCGGCCACCUGGAGCGUCGAGGAGCGAUGGGAUUGUGGCGCGACCAUUACUGCGAACUGUCUCCCUUCGAGUUCCGCCUCUACCUCAACGCGGAGGAGCGGACGUGCUGCGACAACUGCUCUCUGGUGCGAUGCGAGGACGUGCGCAUCACCACAUCCGAAGGCCGCUUCGAGUUGUUCUUCCCCGGGAAACGACUCCACCUCCGGGCGGCCAACCACGACGAAGCGGAGGACUGGGUGGACCGGAUCGUGGAGGCGGUGAACAAAUGCCGGCCGGUGUCUCGCAUUGAUGAGCAGUGGGAAGUCCUGCAACCCACCAACGAGAACGGAGUGGACGAUCGUACAUUAUCCUCCGCAUCCUCCGCCCCCUCCAGCCCCGAGCGAGGCAUCUUAUCCUCCGACGCAGGGACAGGAAGAGGGCAGGAGACGCCGCCCCCUCCACAGGAAUUCAACUGGACUCGGACCACUGAUGUAGAAACAGACGCCAUCAAAGAAGCCGUGUUGUAUUUAUCGACAGAUCCCGAAGCUCGGACGUGGGUUCCUCUCGUGUUCUCGCUCUCCUUGGAGGCGCUAAAAGGUUUUCGGGUACAAGAGGGAAGAAAGCUGCAGCGGGUAUCUCACUCCAUAGAGGAAAUUCGUGAUGUUGUUCCAGAUGUUUCUGUAGGAGGGCCGGCGUUUUUUAAACUCCUCACCGUCAAGGAGACGCUCAGACUGCGGGCGGAGAACGCGGACGAGGCUCGCUCAUGGAGGAGUCUGAUACGAGGAGCUUUGGAUUCGUACCUGGACAGCGGAGAGGAUGGAGGCGCCGAGGAGACGCCCGCGUCUGCACGUCUGCAAGGGGUGACGGGGAACCUCCACAGACUGGUGCAGCACAGACUGAAGGAAGACGGGUCACUCCUGGUUCACCUGUGCACCGUUCCCUCUGAGAAAGGGCUCGACACUCAGAACUUCAAGUGUGCAGGCUGCCCUCAGCUGAUCGGACCGUCCCGGAGCAGAGCCAGGCUAUGCGAGUUCUCGGGCCGGUACUACUGCGAGUCCUGUCACCAUGGCGACACUACCAUCAUACCUUCACGCAUGGUGCACAACUGGGACCUCAGACAGCGAGAGGUAUCUAAGAAGGCCCUGUGGCUGCUGGCUCAGGUGGAGCAGGAGCCUUUGUUGAACCUGGAGCAGUUGAACCCUGAGUUGGAGAAGCACUCUGAGUCGAUGUGUCAGGCUCACAGCUUGAGGCAGAGAUUACGUCUGCUGGGCGACUAUCUGCUGACCUGCCGCAGCGGAACCUGCAAGAAGCUCCAAGCCAAAAUGCAGCAGCGAACGUACCUGUUGGAGUCGAGCCAUCUUUACAGCGUCAUGGAUUUACGACAAAUAGCAGAGGGCGAAUAUGCAACCUACCUGAACACAUUUGUGCAGUACGCCUCCAAACAUGUGUUCCAGUGUGAUCUGUGCACGCAGCGCGGCUUCAUCUGCCAGAUCUGCCACGCUGAUGACAUCAUCUUCCCUUUCCAGUUCGACAGCACCACCAGGUGUAAAGAUUGUAAAGCUGUGUUUCAUCUGGCCUGCAAAGCUGCGGAAGACUCUUGUCCACGCUGUCUACGAAUGAGGAAAUACCUGGAGAGGGAUCUGCAGGAUUUACUGUAACCAGCAGGGCGGCGCUGUGU